CUUGUUUAUUAUUAACACAACAACAAACAAACUCACAUAUGAAACUUCAACAACAAAAUGCUUCCUAAUGAAUCUGCAGCCAUGACUUUUGAUCUUCCACAAGAACUCGUUGAUCAACUCCCUUCCGACCCCUUCGAACAGCUCGAUAUUGCUCGAAAAAUCACUUCCAUUGCUCUCUUUUCUCGCAUUUCAGCUCUAGAAUCUGAAUCAUCACUCCUACGUGACCAGCUUGCUGAAAAAGACCUGGUUGUCGAUGACUUAAUGAAUCAGAUUGAAUCUCUUAAUGUUUCUUUAUCAGAUGCUCUUGAUAAACUUUCCCGCGCUGAUCAACAGAAAGAAACUUUGUCAAACGAGAAUGUGAAGUUAUCGGAACAAGUAAAGAAGCUAAAUCGCGAUGUUGCUAAGUUGGAGAGCUUCAGAAAGACGCUCAUGAUGUCGCUGCAAGAUGAAGACGGAAGCUCUCCCAGGGACACUCCAGUUGCUGCAUCAGUUGUACCAGACCAUUCAAGCUUAUCAUCUCAGUCCAUUAAUGAUGAGGAAAUCCCACCGCCUACAAUUGCUUCAACAAUAACGAGUCAAUCGUCAGAUGUACAAAACUCCAAUCAGGAUGAGCCCGUGACAGAAGUUCCUCUAUCAGCCUCAAGACCACCUCGUGUUUCACCGGGGUUGUUGUUAGCAUCACAAACUAGUACCCCUCGGCUGACACCACCUGGAUCACCUCCAAGCCUAUCAGCAUCUGGAUCCCCAAAAAGGAUAUCUAAACCAGUUUCUCCAAGACGGCACUCAAUUGCUAUUGCAAGCUCAAGAAGCAUGUCUGAUGACAGAUCUUCUGUCUUCUCAUCAGGAACUGCAAGCCCGUACAGCUCCAUGUCAGGCCGGACCCGAGUGGAUGGUAAAGAGUUUUUCAGACAAGUGAGGGGCAGAUUGUCAUAUGAGCAGUUUAGUGCUUUUUUAGCUAAUGUGAAGGAAUUAAACUCCCACAAGCAAACUAAGGAGGAUACUUUGCAGAAGGCAGAUGAGAUCUUUGGGCCAGAAAACAAGGACCUAUAUGUUAUUUUCGAGGGAUUAAUUUCUCGUAAUGUUCAUUAAAUUGACUAGUUAUGAUUUUUGUUUCCCCCGUUUGUAAUUUAAUAUAAUUACUUUGGUCAUUAGUGAAGUCAUGAUGUCUAUGGAAAAACUUCCCAUUCUCAAA